AUGUAUCACGGCGUUGGUCAUUUUGCGCAUAAUUAUCUUUGGUACACAGGACUUGCUAACUUUGAGUCUCAGGGCUCGACAGAUUCCGCGACGCUGAUCGAAGCUUUCUUGACAGCGUAUGAUGACGGAGUGGGGGGCUCAAGCGGCUGGGCCGAGGAAGUCUGGGCGCUGGUUGCCUCCAUACUGGUCGAACAAGGAGUUGUCGUUACGAUUUCAGCCGCCAAAUCUGGCUCCCAGGGCCCCUUCUACUCCAGCAGCGGGUCGUCUGGCAAGAAUGUGCUCGCCAUCGCUUCCGCCGAUGUGCCAACAGUUGAAACGACCCGAGCCUCCGCUUUCACGUCCUGGGGCCUCCUCAACGACCUCAGCGUCAAGCCCGAUGUAGCGGCUCCCGGCGGCUCCAUCUACAGCGCAUAUAUAGACAACCGCUGGAUCACAAUGAGCGGGCCCUCCAUGUCCUGCCCCUACGUUGCCGGCGCAGCCGCCCUGUGCAUCAGCGCCCUCGGUGGACGUCAGGUCCACGGCAAGGGAUUUACUUCGGCUCUCAUCAAGCAGAUCAUAGCCAACGCUCGCCCGCUUACGUACUACCAAGACGGAUAUACUGAGCUGGCGAACGGGUGUCAGAUUGCUAUUGGUGACUACACACUAAGAUACGCCGCUCUGAGAACUUUUGGGAACCCCUUGUACUCGGAUAACUGGGCGACGUUUACCACCCCAGUGGAGGUCUUGGGCCAGUAUUGA